UUGGACUAUUCCUCAUCAUCUUCCUGCCUCUCUCUCUCCCCUCUAGUAGAGAGAAAAAAAGUGCAGAAACCAUAUAAGAGAGUGCAUGCAGAAACGAUGAGCGAUUGAUUGUUUAGAAAUGGAGACGCCGCAAAAAACUAUAAUCCAGAAUGGGACUCCAGUUUCUAAACUCAAAAACUCUCCAGUGUUCAACUACAUAAACAACCUAUCUCCAAUCAAUUCUGUCAGAUUAAUCCCAAUCGCUCAAACCUUUGGCUCUCUCAGUCCUUCUGUCUACACUCCCCCUCACAAAGGAUCUCGUUUCAAAAGUCAUACUUACUUCUCCGACCCUUCCAAAGAGUUAGUAGAAGAAGCUUUACUUGAAACCAUACCGCCAGAAAUACUCAAGAAUGACUGCAUAUCUACUCCUCCUCGUAGAGCUGCUGCCAAUGAUGGUUCUUGCGGAGAUGGUGAGACAGAUCUGCAGAGAAUGUGUGACGGCAAUGUCAAGCGGAAAAGUGAUACUCCAGACUGGGAAACUCAGUUUCCGGAUACUCCUGAAAUGUUGAUUUAUGAUACACUGAAUGAUUCUGAGGCUGAUAGAUGCUUCUUGCCGGCAUCAUCAGACUCCAAAAGACGUUCAUGUGGCGGUACAAAGCCAAGACUGGAGCCUGUUUCAAACAGCAAAGAGUUGGCAGAUUCUCUUCACCGUGGAGUAAGAAGACGCCUUCUAGACUUUGAGAUGCCUUACAAGCAAACGUCAGAAAAAUCUUCAUCGAGUUGUGUAGUACCACCUAGCACUGUUCUGCAUCUUAACGCCUUUGCAAUGUCCUUUAAGGACAUCAAUGUUGGUAAUGAGUACUCAUUAUCCGGAAACAUUAAAGCCGGUUUGCAAAAAUUUGAAAAUGAAACCGGGGAAGCUGCAGGACAAAGUGUAGUAGAAGAGGUUCAAAAGUCUUCUUUAGCUUUAGUAGAAAUGAAUCAAAGCAGUCCAAAGAAAAAAAGACUUAAGUCUGAACAAGCAGGAGAAGGAGAGUCAGCAUGUAAACGGUGCCACUGCAAGAAAUCCAAAUGUUUGAAACUUUACUGUGAAUGCUUUGCUGCUGGAGUUUAUUGCCUAGAGUCAUGUUCAUGUGUAGAUUGCUACAACAAACCAAUCCAUGAAGACACUGUUUUAGCUACUCGCAAACAGAUUGAAUCCCGGAAUCCAAUUGCCUUUGCUCCUAAAGUCAUUAGAAAUACUGAUUCUUCCAUCAUGGAAGCUGGUGUUGAUGCAAGCAAAACUCCAGCGUCAGUGCGGCACAAAAGAGGUUGCAACUGCAGGAAAUCAAACUGUGUGAAGAAAUAUUGUGAAUGCUAUCAGAGUGGAGUUGGUUGUUCCAUAAACUGUAGAUGUGAAGGAUGUAAGAAUGCAUUUGGCAAAAAAGAUGUGUCUUCAUUUGUUGGCAUGGAUAUCAAACAAGAUGAUGUCAGCGAAACAUGGAAAACACAACAGAACAACGAGUUGGUUAGGUAUGUUCCACUUCCACCUUCAACACCAAUGCUAUUAAGACAACCAUUGGCUCAACUUCCCAUCUCAUCCAACAACAUGCUGCUUCCUCAACAGUCUCAGCAUCUUCAUGGAGCUUCUGGAUCUUCCUUGUACGAGAGCCAAUCUUUCAGAAAACAAGGCACGAGUUUGUUGUCCCAUUCAAGGACUGAGAAAAUCAUAGAGGAUAUUGAGAAUCUAAUCCAGUCCCCGAUAACUAACAUCAAUGCAGUGUCUCCCAACAGCAAAAGGGUUUCUCUGCCUCAUCUUGAUUCACCAGAGUUGACUCCAAGGAGAAGAAAUGGUGAGAGGAAACUGUUACUGUCAAUUCCAACUUUUCCUUCUUUCGCUCCACACCAUUAAAAAUGUUCUUUGAAACUGUUUUUGAUGUCAACAUCUAGUUGGCUGUUUAACCUCACACAGCAACAACAUACACAAAACGUUUCUAGUAGUUUAGUGAUAGCAAAUUUCGUUUGGUUCUCCAAAGAUUGUUUAGUUUAUCCUUUACAACAGAUGUUAAGUAGUUUUGAUUGGUUUGAUUUAGCAAAGGUUGUUUAAUU